CGCCACUACCCAACCCUCUCUCUUUCGCUUCAGCCUUCAGAAAUAAAAAGCUUUCUAAUAUGAGGAGGAGGAGUUACAGUCCAUCACCCCCAAGGGGAGGUUAUGACCGGAGAGGACGAAGCCCAAGUCCUAGGGGCCGCCAUGGAGGUCGUGGUAGAGAUCUUCCUACUAGUCUUCUAGUUCGCAAUCUUCGCCACGACUGUAGGCAAGAUGAUCUUCGAAGGCCAUUUGGACAGUUUGGUCCUCUUAAGGACAUUUAUUUGCCAAAAGAUUAUUAUACUGGGGAACCGCGUGGAUUUGGCUUUGUCCAAUAUGUUGAUCCUACUGAUGCCGCAGAGGCUAAAUAUCAUAUGGACGGACAGGUUCUUCUCAGUCGUGAGGUAACCGUUGUGUUUGCAGAGGAGAACAGGAAGAAGCCAUCUGAUAUGAGACAACGGGAGCGAGGGAGGGGUCGCUAUCGGGAUCGGAGACGGUCUCCUCCUCGAUAUUCCAGAUCCCCACCUCCACGUCAGGCAAGGUCUCGCUCCCGUAGCGGAGAGUAUUAUUCCCCACCCAAACAAAGAAAUUACUCGAGAUCUGUGUCACCGCAGGAGAGAAGGUAUAGCCGUGAGAGGUCAUACUCACAAUCUCCACGCUACAAUGGCUCAAGGAGCCGUAGUCAGAGCCCAGUCAGGGGUCCAAGCCGAAGCAGAAGCCAGAGCCCAAAGCGACGAAGUGUCGGCCGAAGUCCCAAUAACUACCGUGAGGAACCCAAUGGAGCUAGGUCUCCAACUCCUUGAACUGGGGGUACAGAACUGUCUCUAAGCUAGAGGAUAGUGACUUGUUCCGCUAUGUUUGCUUUCAGAGAGAUUUCAAAAUCUAGUUUGUUUUAAUGUUUGUUAGCUCUGUUGGAUGAGAUUUAAUCGGAGUCUUUCUAGUUCUGUUGAGACAACUUUGUGGUGGGAGAUUAUUAUAUCUAAUGUUGGAAAACAUAUUUGAUUCUA